AUGGCUACAAUUACCACGUUUCAUGAUAAAAUUUGUCGUUCUCCAAAAACUGAACUUCAUGUCCACAUCGAAGGGGCACUUACACCUGAGUUGAUGUUUCAUUUGGCAAAACGUAAUAACGUUAAACUCCCUUAUAAUUCUGCUGAUGAAUUACGUGCCGCUUAUUCAUUUACUAAUUUACAAUCGUUUCUUGAUAUUUGUGGAGUUGGUGUUAGUGUAUUAAUCACAUCUCGAGAUUUUUAUGACGUAACAAUGGAUUACAUACAACAUGCAGUCAGUGAUAACAUUGUUCAUUCAGAACUAUUUUUCGACCCACAACUGCAUACCCAUCGUGGUAUAGAAUUAACAACCAUCAUUGACGGAAUUGAACGUGCGCUUAUUGAAGCUGAACAAAAAUAUAAUUUUUCAAGUAAGUUAAUCAUGUGUUUUUUACGUCAUUUGGAUGAACAAGAUGCAUUAGACACUUUCAGUCGUGCUCUACCAUUAUUUGAACAAUAUAAACAUCGAUUAAUUGGUAUUGGUUUGGAUUCAACCGAACAAAAUCAUCCACCUGAAGAAUUUCAACGUUUAUUUGCGAGAGCACGUGAACACCACUUACGAGUUGUCGCACAUGCCGGAGAAGAAGGACCACCGUUGUAUGUUAAACAAGCACUCGACAUACUCAAAGUGGAACGUAUUGAUCAUGGAGUACGGAGUGUAGAAGAUGAAUUGCUCAUGAAGCGUUUAGUCGAUGUAAAAAUUCCGUUAACAAUUUGUCCAUUAUCCAAUAUUAAACUUAAAGUCUUUGAUGAUAUGAAAAAACAUUCAUUAAAACAAUUACUCGAUUCAAGUGUAAUGCUAACAAUUAAUUCCGAUGAUCCGGCUUACUUUGGUGGUUAUCUGAACGCAAAUUACCUUGCCGUUACAGAUGCGUUUCAUCUGAAUCAGAAUGAUAUUUACAAAAUUAUACGUAACGGUUUCGAAGCAUCAUUUAUCGAAGAAGAAAAACGACAAUUACUGAUUAAACAACUUGAUGCUUAUUGGAAAGAGUCUCCUUAA